GAAGGUUAAAAAAGGAAAUAAAUGGCUGGCAUAAGUUUUUGUUGUGUUAUAAUUGAAAAUAGUAAUCGUGUUAAUUUAUAUGUCCCAAAAUGAAGGAUUUCAAAAGUAAUCACUGCAGGCUGUGUACUUUGGUAUUUUGUUGCGUUCAGUGUCGGUUGAACCACGAGAAAUCCGCACACAAUUUGACAUUUCCAGAAUGCGACUUUUGUUUGUACGGGAUAGGAACUAUUAAAAAUCCAACUGUCGAACUAAUCGAACACAUAAUACAGACACAUUGGCCCAUACAUUGUGUACUGUGUAAGAAGGUUUUCAAUUCACCUGAAGAUCUGUUCAUUCACGGUAAAUGCACACCUACUAUAGCCGUAUACAACUCACCAACGGUCGCUGAAAACAACAAGGAGUACGACUCGCCACCGAUCACCGCACUCUUCGGUAAAGACGGAACAGGAAAGAAAUAUUUGGACGUCUUGAAAAACCUGGCCACCAGCACACCCAUGCAAGUUAACGGGGACACAUCAGUCGAUAUAAACCCUUUCAGUCUCAGCAGUGUAAAUAAGACUGAAGGUGAUAAGAAUUAUUGCGAAACUCCCAAUCAGGAGUUAAGCAAAAGGAAGGUUACAUUUUGUGAAACUGUAAGUGUUGAAUAUAUUGAUCCUGAAUCGUCGCAUAAUCAACCUAAAGGACAAAAUCAACAACACAGUCCAGCCAAGAAUAUCAGUUCACCAGUGAUUGUAACGCCAACAAUCGAAUACCAAACAGCAAACACCGAAAUACAAGAACCACAACUUCAAGUACAAGAAGAAAAAGUAGGUUCUCCAAACUGCACACUAUGGGAAAGUGCUACAGACACUUCUCUAAUGGAUUCCUCAGCCAAUCAUAACGAUGAAAUAAACAUUUUUAAAGUACCUCCGGUAAUAGAUAAGUUCGCACCUGCUUCAACGAAUUCAAAUAAAGUAACAGAAAAAGUAAAUCUAUCGGAAACAUAUACAGAUUCUCCGGAACCCCAGGCCAAACGACCAAAAGAAGCUGAUGAAGAUCAAAAUAUUUUUGCCAGCACGCAUAUUGAAACUUCUGGUGUGUUUAAAAAUGUAUUUAACCAAAAUUAUAUGUCGAACGAGAAUCUGUCGUCUAUUAAAACGGAUGUCGACAAGGAAACAUCUCAUAAACAAUUGUCUUCUAUAAAGUGCAUAUACGAUGGAGAUUCAUCUACUGCACACAAAUCAAUACAGAGUAGCAUGGACUCAGAAAUUCCUGCGGUUGAUGGAUCACAAACAAAAGACAAAGGUUUGUGGUCUUCAGUGAGGAAAAAGGUGAAAGAUGUUAUCAUUUCGUCCAUUCAAGAAUUGGCAGGUAAUUCAAAGAAAAGAUCUUAUUCCGAUGAUGAUGAUGAUGACUCGUUGACCAGCAAUAGAAAGGAAGUGAAAUUUUUGAAAUUUUCCGAUAUUAAGGGGAGGAAACCAAUUAGAGAUUUAAAUGUACCUAUUCCGGUGAAUAAUCAAAGAAAAUUGACGCCUUUGAAGGCGACGUCUUUAAAAGAAAAUGUUCCAGAGGAUCCGCCAAAGCAGAUUAAAAAAGGAAUUGAUAAAUGGACACAGACCGAUUUUUAAUUGUGAUUUUGUUUACUUUUACCUAUUUACUAUUUAUUUUUAUAAAAGUCCAUUAGAUGAUUAAACAUAUUGUUCUAUUCAA